UCAGAAACAGUAAGUAAAGUUCAUCACUUAUUUCCGAGGAUAAAUCAAAUUUAGAGAUUCCCCGAAAAAAUUUAACUGAAUAGAAUUACUUUCGCAAUGUCGCUCAAAUACAACGAGGCACUUAAAUUGCUCAUAGAAAACCUAUCCAAGAAUCCAACACCUGAGCAACAAAAAUACAUGCAGGAUGCAACCGAAAUAGCUGAGCGCUUAAACGAGGGAUUCACCAAUAUCAAUUCCAUUUUCAAGGGCAUCAUUAGUAACUGGGACGAGACAUCUCUUUUCUACAAUAAUCCUUACCCAAAAAUUCUAAGUGGCAUACUACAUCUUAAAAUGCCGUUUAAUAUAAACCCAGAACGAGUUGUCUUUCCCCUUAAUCAAGACCUUGUCAACCUGAAAACGACUGUAAAUCAUCCUGCAGUUCUAAAUGGAUACUUAAGCGGCCAACUACUAACCACCUUGUUUUAUUCGGAUUUAUUGAAAGUUAUUACCCAAAAUACUCGAAUUCAAUGUAAAAGUGGAAAAUCCUACUGCCUUUUCUUUCGCAUUGACUCGUUCCACACUUUUGAGAUUCGAGCUUGGGAUUCCGCAAUUGAGAAAUUGGAAUUUCAGUAUAGAUUUGCACUAGAAUUGUAUUUUCCAAACGAUUCUAUCCCUUACAUCUGUUUCGGUACUUUUUUUAUGGAAAAUAAGAAAUCGGACAACCAGAAAAAAGUUAGAUUCAUUCACACAACCAUACACACGAUAUUGAUACAAUUGAAUUUAUAUUCCACCUUAUCAAUCCCAGUUUUAUCUGAGGUAAUGAAUGCAGUUGACCUUGUAGAGGCACCGAACGCUGGCGAAACUUUGUUAGAGGUUUUACUAAAAAUAAUUCCAAUGUUACAAAAUCCAGAACCCUUGAAAUCUGUUUACAAGAAGUUAUUGCAGUUUAAGAAAUCGGACUCGGUGAAGAUGUCCGAGUUAAUGGAACUUCUUAACUUCCGUUAAUACGAAAAUUUGUCUUGAAAAUAAAAUACCCACGCUAUUACAAGGAUAUUAUAUUUAAAUUAUACAACACAGGAAAGAAUUACAAGAAUAUUUUACAAUUUUGACAUGCAACAUGGAUUAAAAGGCAUUACCCUGGAUAGUCCAAGAACUGAGAGUUGAGUUGAUCCGCAGACAGAAAUAAAGGAAACU